AUGGCUUCCAAGGCCGCUCCACCGACCGGCGCCCGCCCCAGCCACACCCUCUACUGCUCCAACUUGCCCGACAAGCUCCAGAAGGAUGAUUUGAAGCGUGCUUUGUACAUGCUGUUCUCUGUCUACGGCUCUAUCCUUGACAUCGUCGCCUUAAAGACCGCCAAAAUGCGCGGUCAAGCCCAUAUCUUGUUCCGCGACGUCUCAUCCAGCACACAAGCCAUGAGAUCUCUACAAGGCUUCGAGUUCUUCGGCAAGGAGAUGAAAAUCACAUAUGCGACGACAAAAUCUGACACACUUGCCAAACUCGACGGCACUUACAAACAGCCUCCUCCCCCUGAAGCACCUGCCGCCGCCCAGCCAAACAGUCUUCAGCAGUCAAUCUUCUCGGGUGCUCCGGGCGCCUCUACUGCUCCUGGAUCCACCGCUCCGUUAGCUCCGCCUCCUACACUCGACUCGACCGCCAGUGCACCUGCUCAAACUGCUGGUGUAAAACGACCCAGAGACGAAAGCGAUGACGAGAAAGAGCAAGAAGCUCCUAUGGAUAUGGACGAUGAAGCCAUGGAAGAGAGUGACGAAGAAUAG